ACUCUCGCGGUGAAGUUCCAGUGAGAGAGGGUGGGCAGUGGCAGAUGCUCCCAGGCUAAAAAGGAGCUGAUCGUGCACGGUGAGGUCACUUAACUAUUGGUACAGCUGCAGGCGUUUGCAAUCACUGAAGCGCGGACGGGCAUACGUGGAGAAAGUAGUACUGCCCACCUACCGUCUGCACCAUGAAGGAGUAUGCACGCACCGAGUAAGGAACAAGCCAUCAACUCCACUGCAUCAGGCUUUCCUAGAGGACUUUUUUCGUUUGCCAAACAGAGAAGAUGACUUCUUUUCUCUAGGUGAAUGAGGCAAAUCUUAACAUGUCAGAAUAGGCGGUUUCAGAACUUUUUGUGGUUGUGCACACAAGGCUUUUCGGGUUGAAUCUUUCACGGAGUCUGUCUAUGCUGACAACAUAAAUAGGCUAAAUUAUUCAUUUUUUUGCAACUGAUUAUCACGCCAAGAAGAUGUUUUCUCACAAGCUGUACAUUAGUUUUCUCGCGCUGGCCUGUUUGGUGGGGAUCCCGCGCGCCACAGCAGCGGCGUGUGAGCCUAUCCGCAUCCCGAUGUGCAAGUCCAUGCCAUGGAACAUGACCAAAAUGCCUAACCAUCUCCACCACAGUACCCAGGCCAACGCCGUCCUGGCCAUCGAGCAGUUUGAGGGCUUGCUGGGCACUGGGUGCAGCCCGGACCUGCUGUUCUUUCUGUGCGCUAUGUACGCGCCCAUAUGCACGAUAGACUUCCAGCACGACCCGAUCAAGCCUUGCAAGUCGGUGUGCGAGAGAGCCAAGUGCGGCUGCGAGCCCGUCAUGAAAAGAUAUAACCAUACCUGGCCGGAGAGUCUGGCGUGCGAGGAUUUACCAGUCUAUGAUCGAGGAGUUUGCAUAUCUCCGGAGGCCAUUGUAAAAGCAGAGGGACCAGAUAAUCCGUACCAAGACCCAACCAAGUGCUCCCAUGAAUCAAAUCCUGACUUUCCAAUGGACUCUCACAAUGGUAACUGUAAGGGAGCCAGUGACCGAUGCAAGUGCAAGACUGUCAGACUUGGUUUAAAAACCUAUUUGAAGAAUAAUUACAAUUAUGUCAUCCGUGCAAGAGUUAAAGAGAUCCGUACUCGGAAUCACGACCUGAGUGCCAUUGUUGAGGUGAAAGACAUUCUGAAGUCAUCGUUGGUGAACAUUCCCCGUGAUGUAGUGACCCUGUACUACAACUCUGGAUGUCUGUGCCCUGAACUCGUCGCCAACGAGGAGUACAUCAUCAUGGGAUAUGAGAACGAGGAACGCUCAAGGCUACUACUCAUAGAAGGGUCAAUUGCACAGAAGUGGAAGGACAAAAUGGGGCGAAAAGUGAAGCGCUGGGACCAGGUCCUUCGUGAGCAGAGCAGAGGAAACUCGGGCAGGAGUAGUAACUCAAGACGCAGCCGCCACUGAUCCCAGAGCGCCCUGAGUUGGUGAUACACACAAGCAAGAGGAGGAGAAGCGAUCCAUACAACUGAACAAAAAAAUUGCACUAUUGUAUGUUCUUUUCAUUGUUGUCAUUUUUUUAUGAGUUGUAGCCCUAAACAAAGUAGGUUUAUUUUAGUUUGUCGCUUUUUUUGUAUUAUAUUGUUUUAUAUUCUUUUUUUAUGACUCGUUGCCUAGGCAAUAGUGAACGGUUUAUGUAGCAGUGGAGUGAUUCUGUGUGUGAGGUUUGCUGGAAAAGGGGAGAUGUUUGCAGAUCAAAAUAAGAUGGUAUGAGCAGGCUUUUAAUUUUUUUCUUUCUAAACGAGAGGGACGGAUAUUUAUCCAGCGGCGACACAAUGGGAAGGAGUGGAUGCCUUUCGAGAUGCCAAAGCUCUUUUCUUUGACACUAUGCAGUGCUCCGUUACAGCUUUACACUUCUUUCAAAGGGAGACGAACAUGUUUUAGUCGUGCUGCAGCUGCAUCUCUUCUCUCCAGAGGCUUGGAAAGGCUCUUCAAAGGUGGAGCGAGUCGAAAAGGGGGAACCAUCUUUUGGCAAGCCAUGAAGAAGUGUCAGGAUGAUCCAAGACUGCGGAGUGAAUGCUAUCAAGGACUGAAGAGGAAAGGGUGGGGGAGAAAAAUCUAAAUGUUGAUGUUGGGGAGCUCAUUAAAAAUAUGUUCAUUUUAUUGGAGCGUUAUAAUGCAUAACAUGUCUGUAGUGCUGUUGUUAGAUGUCCCUGAUUUGAUUUUUACAUUUGUUCAUUUUUAACUGCUCUUUGGAUUUUGUUGUUGUUUUGUUUUGUUUAUUUCUCUUUCUCUCUCGCUGGCUCAUUCAGCCAUCUUUAGAACAUCUGCAUUUUAAACGUGCCUGGACUUUGUCAGACUUGUCUUAUAAACUUUACACUCCAUAUUACAGAAAAGCAUCAACUGUUGCUGUUUGUUAACCAGUUUUCAUCCUCCAUUAAACACUUCUGGACCAUG